CUGCUAAAUCGCAUGUGGCUAGCUGCCCGCGAUCUGACCCAAUGGCGAUCAGGCUUCCAUCUACCUUACGUCGCCUCGCUCUGUCAGUGGUCCUUGGCAUUUGGCUUGUAAGGCCAUCAGGCAUCUCUGAAAGUCCGUAAAUCCUCAGGUCCUCAGAUCGUAAGGUACGUAUUUGUGCAAGCCAUCUCCCUAAGCAACGCUUCAACUACGAUGAUUGGUUAUGGCAGAGCGUUAUAGACCUCGAUGCCCACGCUCGUAAGCUUUCUCGAUGUCCUCCUCGUCCUUCCUGCCUUGUGCUUAUUAUGGCUACCCGAGAUACCAAUGGUCCUUCGACUUAUACUAUUCCUCUACAAGCUUCCGAAGGACUUCCAUCUUUACGUCCAGGGACCAAUGCUGCUCCGGGUGCUCACGUCCUUCCAUAUGGAGUUACACAUGCACGGGAAGAAUACCCAGCUCUGCGCCAAGACUUCGACUUCGUUGACCCCCCGCACGCUCCUCUUGCAUCCGCAUUUGAUGUUGAUGCGUUCAUAGCAUCAUUUGAUUUCACUGACGCCGGCAAUUUCGACGAUUCAAACUCACCUCCACAAAAAGCAACUGCGCAGUCUUGGGCCAACAAUCUUGAGGCUGAUCCUGGUCCAGUACGACAGUCUGUCACGCAGCUCACAGGGAAAAAGAGGACAAUUUCUUUGUCUUUGCCUUCGGACAUUGUAAACAAGCGGCGAAAAAGCACCCGCAAGUCAUUCACAUCUCAAAUCGAACAGCCAGCAUCAUCGUUCUAUGGCCUUCCAGCGGACCAACUUGUGACAUCACAACAGUCCCCACAUGUCUUGCAUACCAAUGUUCAUUUGCCAGAGUCACAAUCAACGCCCUCAACCAUGACAGAAGAGGUUCAGAAACCCAAGCGCAGCCUACAAUGUGCAUUCCGGAAAGCUCAGGCAAAACUGGGUUUGCCUUAUACAUGUACAGCAGCCCCAGUUACUACGGUAUCUGCUGUCCGAACGCAUUUAACCCGUAGGCUACCCAAAGGAAGGCCUCCGCACUUACCCUUCCUCAAGCUUUGCACAACCUGUAACGAAGACUUACUGGACGAGCACGAAUUCGAGGCUUACCAUGGCAAAGACGGCCUCAAAUGUGAGACCCCACGGCAACAGCGCAAGGGCGAUACGGGGCAACAGGAGCAGUAUGAUAUUUUGUGCUCCAAAGUGGAGACCUACAUCAUCACCCAAGGAAACCAAAGAAGUUCAGCAAACUCCACCACAGCCGAAACUGACGCUACGCUGUUGAGCUCAAUGCCAAUUUUACAUGAUCCAGACCUUACUCCAGAGCUCCCUGUGUCGACUCAGGCUUCAGAUACAGUAGCUGAGCCUCCUAGCUCACCGCUUCAAUGCAAAACGUCUUCAUACUCACGCAAGGCAAAAGAUAACUAGCCUCUAGAGGAAGACCAAAGGCCACCGCUGCUUAUGGGGCCUGACUUGUGCAUGGCCGAUAGUCAUAGUGGCACCGAUGCCAGCGCGGGAAGAGCAGCGUACCAACGCGUAUCCAACGUGGAUGGAUC